GUUGCUGUCACUUUAACAGCCCGACAAGGGUUCCCAUGUUAUAUCAGGCUGCUGUGAUUUGUCAUGUUAUUCAACCAACACUUCGUAGCUGCUGACACUGUUACUACAGUAACGUUAAACUGUAGCUACAAUUAUAGCGCACAAUAUGAUGAGAUUACCAUGGCGGAUCCUCAUAUUACACACAGCACCUGUAAGGAGGGCAUCCUCAGUCCCUGCAGGUGUGUUGAGCUUUGUCCCCGCCUGCAGCACCACUGAUGCCCACUCCCUGGAGCUGCUGCAGGACUUUGUGUCCCGAGCCAGACGCCUGUUUGUUAUCAGUGGAGCAGGACUCUCCACAGAGUCAGGGAUCCCUGAUUACCGCUCAGAGGGUGUCGGGCUGUAUGCUCGCACUGACAGACGACCCAUGCAGCAUGUAGAGUUUGUCCACAGCGCAAAGUCUCGCCAGCGCUACUGGGCCAGAAACUUUGUGGGGUGGCCGCAGUUCUCCUCCCGUCAGCCAAACUCUGCACACAAGGUCCUGCAGCGGUGGGAGGAGAGAGGCAAGCUGCACUGGCUGGUUACACAGAAUGUGGAUGCUCUUCAUUCAAAGGCAGGACAGAAAAGACUGACUGAGCUCCACGGCUGUGCACACAGGGUGAUGUGUCUAGGCUGUGGUGCCAUCUCGGCGAGGGAGGAGCUCCAGACGCGAUUUGUAGCACUAAACCCGGACUGGAGAGCGCAGGCCGGCGCUGUGGCUCCGGACGGUGAUGUCUUCUUAGAGGACGAGCAGGUCCUCCAUUUCAGAGUUCCCUCCUGUGAGGACUGUGGAGGGAUACUGAAGCCUGCGGUCACGUUUUUUGGAGACACUGUGAACAAAGGGACAGUACAGUCAGUGCACGACAGACUGGCGGAGUCGGAUGCGCUGCUAGUCGUGGGGUCAUCGUUACAGGUAUAUUCAGGAUACAGGUUUUUACUGGCAGCGAGUGAUAGGAAAAUGCCAGUCGCCAUCCUGAACAUUGGGUCCACGAGGGCAGAUCACCUGGCCGAGCUGAAAGUGAGCGGCCGCUGUGGUGAAGUGCUGUCAGUCAUUCAACCUCUCUGACUGUCAUGGACAUGCAGUUUGGAUAUUAAGCUGGUCAAAACUACCUCGGAUUUAAACCAGUAAACGACAUAAUCUACUUCAGGAUGGCUGCCUCCGCUGUUUGGCACUUUUUUGUGUAACGUAAAAGGAGCCAGGAGCAUCUACACUUCUCUGCCAGGAGAAUUCGCUGCUAUUAUCAAAGUAGGGCAAAUAGGGACAGUUGAAUGUUAAAAUGAGAUUUGUCCUACUUCGAAUAAAGUGUGCCUGUCCUCUCCAUGUUUGUGGAAGUGCAGGCAGUUAUUGGAUAAAGGUAAAAAAAAAAUAAUCAUGUGGUAGGUAAGACACAAUAGAGAGCUGCUUUGAAACAAAUUCAAGAGAUUAUACAAAAUAUACUGCAAUCAGCUGUUUUUAAAGGGUGUGAUUUGUGUUAUCCUGGAAUGGAUUAGUCUCAUGUUUUUAUAUAAUGGUGCUGAGAUUGAUAGGUAUACAUCUUAAAUGCUAACAUAGUCAAUAGAAUGGACCUUUUGUCCCAAUUUCUCCAACAAUGUUUAACUAUACAAGUAAGAGGCUUGAGAGUUCAGUGUGUUUGUUCAGCAAACUGUCAAGCACUUGAUCUUAUUUUACCUAAAACUGAUGCAAAUGUUUGUAUUUGAAAUGUCAUGACAAACGUGUUAUUUUCAGUUUCACUUUAUGUAAAUAAAUCAUUUUAAAGCAUUA